AUGUCGCAGAAAUACGAUAUUUACAAAAAUCUGAAAAUAUUCAAAAAUAUAGACAAGAAGGAAAGCAGUUCAGAAGAGAAAGAAAACAGUUUGCUUAGUAAAAGUAUAAAUAUUCAAAACUUUCUGAAAGAAGAAAACUACACAAAUAAGAUAGCAAAACUAGAUACACUUUGA